GCAGCAGUAGUUUCCAGCUGUGCGCGCGGAAUAACGGUUAGUUUCUCCUCCCGUCGCUCCGUCGGUUCGCUCCGUCGGUUCGCUCCGCGGGUCCAACUGUGGUCUCGGUUCUGAGGCUCCUGCUACGGCUCCGGGAGCUGGCUUCGCUUUGGACCCGGGUCUCCGUCAUUUGCUGCUUUUUGCCAGUUUUGAAGGUCUUGGUCCUGAUUCUGUUGUUGCAGACAUGGGUCGGGCCGUCAGGGUUCUGCUGUCAAUCAUCUGUGCCCAGCUAGCGGCGGGCUUCUCCAACGAACCGGACGUUCAAGUGAUUGACGUGCUGGGGCUCCAGGAUUCGAAGCAGACCGCGUCGGCGGUACAAACGCUGUCGUCCGCUCUGAGUUCGCUCAGUGACGUCUACGUGGUGUCGACGUUCCGGCUGCCGGCCAAGCUCGGCGGCGUCCUGCUGGGCGUCUACAGCAAACAGGACAACCGGAAGUACCUGGAGCUCGCGGUCAUGGGGAAGAUGAGCAAAGUCCUGGUCCGUUACGUCCGCGCUGACGGGAAGCUGCACACGGUGAACCUGCAGAGCGCCCAGCUGGCCGACGGACGCGCGCACUCGCUGAUCCUGCGGCUCGGAGGCCUGCAGCGCGGCAGCGUGAGCGCCGAGCUGUACGUGGACUGCAGACCGGCCGACUCCAGCCAGGGGCUGCCGCCGCUGGUGCCGCUGCCCCGGGAGGCGGAGCUGGUGGAGGUCCGGCACGGACAGAAGGCCUACAUGCGGCUGCAGGGGGCGGUGCAGUCCCUGCGACUGGCUCUAGGGGGCAGCGUUGCUGAAGCUGGAGCUCUGACCCACUGUCCGUUCCAGGGAGACUCCUCAGCCCACGGCUCAGUGAGCAGUGACCUGAACUCCAUCCUGGGUGAGCACACGAAGGCUCUGAUUGGUCAGCUCAUCAUCUUCAAUCAGAUCCUGGGAGAACUGCGACAGGACAUCAGAGAACAGGUCAAGGAGAUGUCCCUGAUCAGGAACACCAUCCUGGAGUGCCAGGUUUGUGGUUUUCACGAGCCGCGCUCGCGCUGCUCCCCCAACCCCUGCUACAGAGGAGUGAGCUGUGUGGACAGUCUCCAGUACCCAGGCUUCAGCUGUGGACCCUGUCCCCCCGGAACCAGCGGGAACGGGACGCACUGUGAGGACAUGGACGAGUGUCAGCUGCAGCCUUGUUUCUCCCCUGAGGCCUGUGUCAACACCGUGGGGGGCUUCCGCUGUCAGGCCUGUCCUCCAGGCCUGUGGGGGGCGCCACUGGCUGGAACUGGACUGGACUACGCCAAGACGCAUAAGCAGGACUGCGCAGACAUUGACGAGUGUGUGGAUCUUCCAGACGCCUGUGUAUCAAACUCUGUCUGUAUCAACACCGUGGGUUCGUACAGGUGUGGUGGCUGCAAACCUGGUUUCCUUGGUAACCAGACGUCUGGUUGCUUUGCCAGGAAGUCAUGUGCUGCAUUGACCUUUAACCCCUGUGACACCAACGCCCACUGCGUCAUGGAGAGGAGCGGGGAGGUGACCUGCAGGUGCAACGUUGGCUGGGCAGGCAACGGCCACACCUGUGGAGUGGACACGGACAUAGACGGGUACCCAGACCGCUCGCUGCCGUGCGUGGACAACCACAGACACUGUAAACAGGACAACUGUGUGUUCACUCCAAACUCCGGCCAGGAGGACGCCGACAACGACGGGGUCGGGGAUCAGUGCGACGAGGACGCCGACGGAGACGGCAUCAAGAACGUGGAGGACAACUGCCGCCUGGUUCCUAACAAAGACCAGCAGAACUCGGACAGCGACUCCUUCGGCGACGCCUGCGAUAACUGUCCCAACGUCCCCAACAGCGAGCAGAGGGACACGGACAGCAACGGACAGGGAGACGCCUGCGACCAGGACAUCGACGGCGACGGCAUCCCCAACGUUCUAGAUAACUGCCCCAAGGUUCCCAACCCCAUGCAGACAGACAGAGACCGAGACGGAGUUGGAGACGCCUGCGACAGCUGUCCUGAACUCAGCAACCCCAUGCAGACCGACGUCGACAACGACCUGGUAGGAGACGUUUGCGACACCAACCAGGACACGGACGGGGACGGUCACCAGGACGGCAGAGACAACUGUCCGGACGUCCCCAACAGCUCACAGCUGGACUCCGACAACGACGGCCUCGGAGACGACUGCGACCACGACGACGACAACGACGGGAUCCUGGACGACUACGACAACUGUCGCCUCAUCGUCAACCCCAACCAGAAAGACUCAGACGUGAACGGAGUCGGAGACGUCUGCGAGAACGACUUCGAUAACGAUGCUGUGAUGGAUUUGAUCGACGUGUGUCCAGAGAGCGCUGAGGUGACUCUGACCGACUUCAGAGCUUAUCAGACGGUGAUCCUGGACCCGGAGGGCGACGCCCAGAUCGACCCAAACUGGGUGGUUCUUAAUCAGGGGAUGGAGAUCGUUCAAACGAUGAACAGUGAUCCGGGUCUGGCUGUGGGGUACACGGCGUUUAAUGGUGUCGACUUUGAGGGAACGUUUCACGUCAACACGGUGACGGACGAUGACUAUGCUGGGUUCAUCUUCGGUUACCAGGACUCGUCCAGCUUCUACGCGGUGAUGUGGAAACAGACGGAGCAGACCUACUGGCAGUCAGUGCCCUUUAGAGCCAUGGCCCAGCCCGCCCUGCAGCUCAAGGCCGUGAAGUCUCGCACUGGACCGGGACAGUUCCUGAGGAACGCACUGUGGCACACUGGAGAUACUCCCGGGGAGGUGAAGCUGCUGUGGAAGGACCCUAGGAACGUGGGCUGGAAGGACAGAACCUCGUACCGCUGGCAACUGAGCCACAGACCUCAGGUUGGCUACAUCAGGGUGAAGCUGUUUGAGGGCAUGGACCUGGUGGCAGAUUCUGAUGUUGUGAUUGACAGUACGAUGCGAGGCGGCAGACUCGGUGUCUUCUGCUUCUCCCAGGAGAACAUCAUCUGGUCCAACCUGCGCUACAGAUGUAACGACACGGUGCCACUCGACUUCCAGUCUCAUCGGAAACAAGUCCUGAUGCACAUUCGUGUCUGAGAUGUGCUGAUGGGCUCACACACACACACACACACACACUGUACACAACAGAACCCAGCCAGAACUGUCACAGUAAAAUGUGUCAGAACCCUGGAGGCACAAUGUUCUCAGAAUAAUACUGUAAGUAGAAACACACUCUGUGCUGUAUGAACCAAUGGAGCAGAACCAGACGUUUGUUCUAAAAGGUUAUUUUGGGCCCAACUGACUGGUUGGGAAUAAAAGAACAAACUCAGCCUGAACAUCAAAGAUCACACUUCAGCAGGAGGAGUACCACUUCUCAGCUGGGUUCUGUCCUCAGUGAUCCUGAAACAGGUCAAAAACCUGAAGCAGCUGUCAGUCCGAGGCGAGGAAGCCUUUGGGAUGAAGUGUCUGCAACAAGUUGGGAGACAUCCAGCGUCCACAGCACUUUCCUCCGCUUGGUACCGACCCGACCCCACUUUGCUUUUCAGGUUUUCUGUAGGUUGUUUGAUAGAACUGGACCUUCUGGAGAAAAGCCUUUUACUGGUGUGUUUGGUAUAAACAAGUCAUAAUGUGAAUAAAGACUCUGGUCUCAUUAAUGCAGAAACAACAGCGUUGGGUUGACUCAUGCAGUAAAACUGUUCACACAACAACGAAUCAUCCUUAAUGUCAAUGAUCAGCUGCAAGAAAGCACAGAUGAUGUAGUAAAAGCAGAAAUGACAGUGAUGAGGUUUCUCUGCCAAUGGUGAUGUUCUAGAAACGUGAUGCAAACAUUGAUCGCAAAUGGUUUGUGACACUUCACCUCUCAAUAGGUCUGAUCCAAAGGUUUCAAACAAGUUAAUCCCCUCCACAUCCAGUCGUUGCUGUUUGAGUCAGUCUGAUUUUGGAUUUACUUAAAUACAAAGUCUGAAUCUGUAGGGUCCAGGUUGGAGCAAAAGAGUUGGUGCUCACCCGUCAGAAGAGGUUCUGAGCACUUUGGACUCCACCAUCUGCACAGAUGGAAACCAUUCAUAACCACUGUUCCAGUGUUCCAGCGCUGGAGGCGCGUGGACCCAUCCAGAAGACUGAAGGCCUCUGUGACAGUGGCUGGUACCAGAGUCCUCUGUGGUGUUUGUGGCUCUGUACUACAGGUGGUUUAGGUACGUAUGAGCUAGGCGGAUCAGACCAAAGUAGAACCUUCUGCUUCAGAUCAGAUGCAGGCGAAGCGAUCCCAUCUGGAAAACGUGGCGGUGACCGUGUUCUGGACCCGAUCAGUUGCCCGUCUGCUGACGUCUGCCCCUGGGCCGGGGAGGCCGGGACGAGUGCAAUAUUGGACGGGGAACAUGACAACAUUGCACCGCAUCCCGGACCUACCGGACCCUGGGAGGAGUCGCUGCACACACCCUGAAACACAGACGAAGGGUUAGUCAACAACAAGCUGCGAGUUGAGCAGGAAGGCGCUGGAGCGGCUGCUGCAUUCACUGUCUGCAGGAAAAACAGACGUCGUGUCUGAGCUGUGGUCACGUCACAUAAUAAAAUAUAUCUGAAAUAUCUGAGCCUCCUCUAGCUGACGUCAUGCUUCCAGGACCAGUGUUUCCCAACACAGAUACAGUAGAUAAAAACUACUUUUUAAAAUCAUCCUGUCGUGUACAGACCAAUGAUGACCCAGAGAAACCGUCUUUAGUUCUGCUGUAGUUUCAUCUGAGCUGUGGUGCCAAACCAUGUUAUCCAUGCAAACCAAGUAUCACUACUUUAAUGUAUCUGCUCUCUGCUAGUUUCUGUUGUUCUCAGUUACCUGAUAAAUUUGUGUCUGCUUGGUUCUGACCCAGUUCCUGUGGAUGAGGACGGACUCGCCUCUGCUGCAGGUUCCAGUCCCUGUGUUGUCUGCAGAGGGUCUCAGCGUGUGAGUUCUGGUUUACCCCCCCACUAACAAAGGCUCUAAAAGCUGCUCAGUGAGGCGUGGAGGGGCCCCGCUUCACAUUUAAAGGGCUAACGACCAUCCACUGGACCCGACGCACCCACACACCAGCUCCACAGUACAAGCUGCGGAUGCGCUGCUUUAAACACAGCUGGUCUUAAAGUGAAGUCUCGUCCACGUGUUUCUGCAGAAAUCAGGUUCAAAACUCAGCAAUCACUAACGCCUUACCAUCAGCAGCCGAGGAGCCGGGCCACGUGGAGAACGCGUGUCUGCUGCCCCCUGCUGUCCACUCAACGCCACCACCAGCUCCGUGGGGACACAAAGCGCACAGAUCUGCUUCAAAGCUCUCCUCACGGCUGAUGACGGCGCUGUCCACCGUGUGACGCUCACCUCGUCACCUCCUUAAACUUUCUGAUUAUUUUUAGGUUCAAAAAGAGCUGAUGAGUGGCUUUAAAACAAAAAACUAGAACAAUGUGUUUAAGUUCUUGUUUUUAAAUCAACUACUGUUUAUUAAGGUGAAAUUUCCCAGCUGUACCUUGAACCUUUAGCCCUUUGUCCUUAGUAUUACCUUUGUGUGUGUGUGUGUGUGUGUGUGUGUGUGUGUGUGUGUGUGUGUGUGUGUGUGUGUGUGUGUGUGCCUGUGCCUGUGUGCGUGUGUAUGUGCGUGCGCGCAUAUGUGUGUAUGUGUGUGUCUAUAUGUAUGUACGUAUGUAUGUAUGUGUAUGCAUGUGUGCAUGUGUGUGUGUGUGUGCACGCGCACAUGCACACGCGCACGCAUAUGUGUGUGUGUGUGUGUUUGUGUGUGUGUGUGUGUGUGUGUGCCCUGCAGCUGCUGCUUGGUGGUGAUCUAUUUAGAAACGGCUACAGCUCCAGUCGCUCAUGAUCAGACCAGAACCACAGUGGCGCUGCUUCAGUGCUGGACAGGCCUGGUUCUGGUUUUGGGCAGGAUCCCUGAAGAGUUCUGGACGUUGAGGGUCCUGAAGGUUUUGGAGCCUCAUCACAACAGAAUGUGGCCUGAGUGUGACCCAGUCUGAGCCGCUACCUUCAAAGUGACAGGUCGCAGCAGAACUUGGUUCUGCCGACAGGCGACAGAACCUGCUGGAAGACAGACUUAGAAGAUGGAGCCUCAAACAUGAACAUAUAAACCCAAUCAGAAGAACCGAACCGUCCAACAACUGAAGAAUGAUCACUGUCAGUUUAAGGAUCUGUUGAUAAAGAAGCAGCAGGAGGAACCGACCCACGGGUCGCUGACCUCACCCUUGUGUUGUGUGAUGGUGCAACAUUGGACCGAGCAUCCAUUCACUGUUUGUUCUGUGUUACAUGACACACACUCUGUGUCCAUCCUGUGGUUCCACUUUGUUAGAACAGCAACAACAAAUGAUUAAAAUCCUGAAAGCA